AUGCCACACACGCCCGAUAGCCCCGAGUCUUCCGAAACAGCAGCCACAGACCGGAAACUCGAAAAGGACAUCGAGAAGCAAAGCGAUGCCGAUGAGGAUACCGUGGAUGGACGCGUCCGCUCACCAGGCGGAACUUCACAGAAAAAGAAGAAACAAGGCCCAGCCGAAGCUGAUGGUGUCAACACCGAGCCACCUUCGGAUCACUCCGAGCUCAAGGAAUGGGAAUGCUACGAUAAACUGGGUUACUCCUUUCCCUGGUGGAAGAAAUGGGGGAUUAUAUCCAUCAUAUUCGCCGUUCAGACAUCCAUGAACUUCAACGCAAGUUUCUACGCCAGCAGUAUCAGCCUCUAUUCCAAACACUUCAGUAUCUCCGAGCAAGCAGCUAGAGUCGGGCAGAUGGGCUUCCUCAUAGCUUACGCCUUUGGCUGCGAGUUCUGGGCGCCUUUCAGUGAGGAGUUUGGAAGAUGGCCCAUUAUGCAGCUGAGUCUGUUCCUCGUCAAUAUCUGGCAGAUACCGUGUGCGCUGGCUCCAAACUUCGGCACAAUUGUCGUCUGUCGUUUGCUGGGCGGCCUUUCAUCGGCUGGUGGAUCAGUGACUCUCGGUAUGGUGGCUGAUAUGUGGGAGGCAGAAGAUCAACAAUAUGCCGUUUCUUUUAUUGUUCUAUCUUCCGUGGCUGGAUCUGUGAUUGCGCCGAUUAUUGGCGGAUUUGUCGCGACGUUCCUUGACUGGCGUUGGAAUUUCUGGCUCCAAUUGAUACUUGGCGGAUUCGUACAGAUCUUGCACUGGGCUGUACCUGAGACUCGGUGCAGUCUUCUGGUUACCCGGGAGGCGAGGCGACGAAGGGCGGCCGGGGAUAUGGUCUGGAGUGGAGACGAGUUGAAAGGCACGAGAUUGACCUUCCGCUGGAUCUUCAUGAUCUGGCUUCGGCCUUUCAUCAUGUUUUUCCGCGAGCCGAUUGUUCUUUGUCUCGCUUUACUGAGUGGAUUCAGUGAUGCGCUGAUCUUCACUUUCCUUCAGUCUUAUACCCCGGUGUAUAAGCAGUGGGGGUUCAAUACUAUUGAGAUUGGACUGGCCUUCAUCCCUAUUCUGGUCGGGUAUUUCAUUGCUUAUUUCUCCUUCAUACCCUGGAUCGCCAAGCAUAAUAGGGAUCGGGAGCGUGACCCGGAUGGCUUACAACCGGAGGCUCGACUCUACUGGCUUUUAUUCGUCGCACCUUUGCUAUCGAUCGGGCUAUUUGGCUUCGCCUGGACAAGUCUCGGCCCUCCACAUGUUCACUGGAUUGCGCCGAUGAUAUUUUCCUCUUUGAUUGCUAUUGCCAACUUCGCAAUCUAUAUGGCAACGAUCGACUACAUGAUUGCCUCGUACGGACCGUACUCUGCCUCAGCCACCGGAGGCAAUGGUUUCGCGCGAGAUUUCCUCGCCGGUAUAGCUGCAAUGUACUCUGUUCCGAUGUACAGCAACAUGGGCAAGACAAAUACGCUCGAGUGGCCCUCGACAUUUUUGGGAUUCAUGGCUAUUAUAUUCACGAUCCCAAUCUAUAUCUUCUACUGGAAAGGGCCAACCAUCCGGGAGAGAUCACCAUUCGCACAAGUACUUGCAGCAGACAGGAAGAAGGCCGGACGCAAGGUCUCUCAAUGUGGAACUGGUGACUCGGACCCUGUGCAGCGUUACUUGUCCGGUUCGCCCAUGGGCCGAGACCAACGAACCGUUUGA